GUCAAGUUAUCUAUCAAGUUGAGUUCUUGAGAACAAUAUUUUCCUGGCGUUCAUUUUGGUAAUUUAAUCACUAUCAACGUAAGUUGGUAUGGCAGCUACAUCUUUGACAAUAACUCUGGAGGAAUUCAGAACUUUCCAUGAGAUUAAUCGAACACUUUAUUCUCUCCUUGUUAAUAAGCUUCAGCGUGAUCCUACUGAAUCGAUGCAGACAUUAGCAUUGUGGAUUUGGUUGGAACAAACAGGUUCCAAUAAUGUCAUCGUAAAGAUAUUGUCCUUACCUAAUAAUUUAAUUAAUGAACUUGCUAAUGAAGCUGUAACCUGUCUCAAAUGCAUUGAGGGCAACCGAUUCCUUCUCUUAGCAAAUACAAGUGAGAUUCCUCUAACGCGAAAACUUAUUGCAAAAGAGUUUUCGCUCUUGUUUUUUAAUGAAAAUAGGGACAUUUCAACCAGCGAGAUAAGGAAUAUUAUAACUGAUGUUUGUCUCAAGGCAUUGUCAGAUAUUAUGGAGAAGGCCUUGAAUAGACGAUGUUCUGAACAAACUUUGAUGAAAAGUGAAAUGUCAAUGGUAUCAUAUCUUGGUGAGUCAUCUUUAAUAGGAAGAUUUUCUCAAUUAGAACUUGGGGGUGGCAUGUCUCGUAGGAGAAUGAUGGGACAUGACGAUCCACGUGUAGAUAGGACAAUGUUUGUGACUUUCUCUAAGGGCUACCCUAUUGCUGAAUGGGAAAUCAGGGAAUUCAUUACAAUAAAUUUUGGAGAAUGCAUUGAGUACAUUCGCAUGCAGGAGGUGAAGAAGCCCCAGGAACAGGCUCUUUAUGCACUGAUUGUGUUUGUUACGCCAAGAAUUAUAGAAUGUAUUCUCAAUGAUGAGGACAAAGCUAAAUUUACUAUCAACAGGAAACACAUGUGGAUGCGAAAGUUUGUCCCAAAUAGUUGAAACCCUUCAUUCUCAUUGAUGUUGCCUUUGAAUUUGUCUGAAACUAUUUACUCAAUUUUCAUGAGUCUUUCUAAGAAUGGACCAGAAGAAAUCAUGUUUUCAGUUUGUAUAUUGUGUAGUCCCCUUGAGGACUUUAAAUCUGUUAUGAAAUAAAAUGUUUUUGUUUUAA